CUUACGUCUACAUAUUCAUCAUUCUUAUCCUAUCAUCAUCGGGAGAAUCCUAAACAUAUAUUUCAUUUUAUUAUAACGAUGCAGGUCAUCAUAAAUGGUGAUAUAUAUUGAACACUAGUUGACGUUAGUUCUAUCUACUCAGUAAGUGCGGAGUAUAUGAAGUAGUAGCUUGUGUGUUUGCAAUUCUCGAGAAUGUUUUACAAGCCGGAGGAAAUUGAGGCUGUCAAUGUACCAGAUAUACAAAAUCUGUUACAGUUAGAUCCAUGGCUAGAACCUUACAAAUAUGAGAUCAAACGCAGAUAUAAGUGCUUCUUAGAUCAUAUGAAGUGGAUAAAUGAUGUUUGUGGCUUAGAAGAGUUCACUCAAGGCUAUAAAGAGUUUGGAAUUCACGUGCGUGAUGACGGGUCGAUAUACUGCAAAGAAUGGGCUCCAGGAGCAAAAGAACUCUACCUGCGUGGAGAUUUUAAUGAAUGGCAGGAAUUUACUCACCCGUUCAAAAAUGUGGGUUUCGGGAAAUGGGAGUUGAUAAUACCACCUGCUAGUGGUUCACCGGUUAUAAAGCAUCUUUCGAAAAUCAAGCUGUUAGUGGUCGCUCAGGAUGGUCGUCGACUUGACAGGUUAAGCCCAUGGGCUGCAUACGUUAAAUGCUUUGAGGGGAAUAUUAUUUACGAUCAGUUGCUGUAUAAUCCUCCAGAGAGAUACCAAUUUAAAUACCCUCAUCCUCCACGUCCUAAAAGCCUCCGAAUCUACGAGUGUCAUAUUGGCAUUUCGUCAUCUCAGCCGGUCGUCGCAUCUUAUUCUCAUUUCAAGGACAACGUUUUGCCUCGAAUUAAGGACCUAGGCUAUAAUGCAAUUCAGAUAAUGGCACUUAUGGAACAUGCUUAUUAUGCUUCGUUCGGAUACCAAGUGACUAGCUUCUUUGCUGCCUCAAGUCGCUUUGGUACUCCAGAGGAGCUACGCUCCAUGGUUGAUGAAGCACACCGAUUGGGCAUCGUGGUUCUACUAGACGUUGUUCAUAGUCAUGCCUCUAAGAAUACGAAUGAUGGUCUCAACCAAUUCGAUGGCACUAAUGCUUGUUAUUUCCAUGAUCUAGGUCGUGGAACUCAUGAUUUAUGGGAUUCUCGUCUAUUCAAUUAUACAGAACUAGAAGUACUUCGCUUCCUUAUGUCGAAUUUGCGUUGGUGGAUUGAAGAGUACGGUUUUGAUGGUUUCCGGUUUGAUGGGGUGAUGUCUAUGCUUUAUCAUCAUCAUGGUUUAAUGACUAACUUUUCCGGUCAUUAUGGAGAAUAUUUUGGUUUAUCCGUAGACACAGAAUCAUUUACCUAUUUAAUGCUAGCUAACCAUUUUCUGCAUGAAAAGUAUCCAUUUAUUAUUACAAUUGCGGAAGAGGUUAGCGGUAUGCCUACUCUGUGUCGUCCAGUCUCUGAAGGCGGUGGUGGAUUUGACUAUCGAUUAGCCAUGGCCAUUCCUGAUAAAUGGAUUGAGCUUCUAAAGAAAUACAAAGAUGAAGAUUGGAACAUGGGCAAUCUCGUCCAUACGCUGAUUAAUCGACGCUAUGGUGAAUCAAAUAUCGCAUAUGCAGAAUGUCAUGACCAAGCUUUGGUUGGUGAUAAGACCAUAUCUUUCUGGCUUAUGGAUAAAGAGAUGUACUUCAGUAUGAGCACUUUAAGCCCACCUAAUUUAAUCAUUGACCGUGGCAUCGCGUUACACAAACUAAUACGUUUCAUAACACAUACCUUAGGAGGUGAAGGUUAUCUUAAUUUUAUGGGUAAUGAAUUUGGUCAUCCUGAAUGGUUGGAUUUCCCAAGAGCUGGCAAUAAUAGUUCUUAUCACUAUGCUCGCCGUCAGUGGAACUUGGUGGAUGACCCAAUGUUGCGUUAUAAAUAUCUAAAUAAUUUUGAUAGAGCUAUGCAACAUUUAGAGGAAAGAUAUGGUUGGCUGGCAGCUCCACAGGCUUAUGUUAGUCGAAAGAAUGAAGGUGAUAAAGUUAUCGCAUUUGAACGUGCUGGAGUUCUGUUCGUUUUUAAUUUUCAUCCUACUCAAAGUUUUACGGAUUACAAAAUUGGAGUCGAAGAACCUGGACGGUAUCAUAUUGUUUUGGAUUCUGACCAAGAAGAAUUUGGUGGCUUUAAACGGAUCGACCAAUCUGUCGAUGUAUUCACGCACAAUGAACCAUGGGAUAAUCGUCGAAAUUGUGUUUUUCUGUAUCUGCCUAGCCGUACUUGUGUGGCUUUAGCGUUGAAAUAAAAAAGAUUUUCAUCUCGACACAACACUUGAUUAAGCUACAACAAUAUCCAUACCAUCUUCCGUGGCAUUCUCCUUCGCUCACGGUUUCUUUUACAUGAUAUUGUUUUGUAAUCAUUUCAAUUUGAUCAAUCAGUGAAACGCUACUAAUAUUUUACUCACAUUUUGUGUGUAGUGAUUUACUCCAUUUUAUUUGCAUUAUUACUUAAUCAUUGUAUUUUAGUUACAAAGUGCAAUUAUAUUAUUUUGACUUGUGUAUCUUAGUCUUUCAAUCUUAUCUGUUGUGAAUUUUAUACAUUAAACUGCUCUACUAAACUCAUAAGGUCAUUCAUUGUAAAGACAAUGUAGAAUAAGAGUAUGAUUUAAUAGAUGCCAUUUGUUGAUAGUGUAUUUCUCAUUUUAGCGAACGAUUCGCGUUUUAGUUUCUAGUUUAUACUUAUUGGUAUUAUAGCUGACUCACAUGUUAAGGUAGAUAGUUUUCAGCCUUUUCUCAUCGUGUUUCACUUAACUCAUUCAAUAUUGGUUUACCGUUUCAUUUCUCGUCAGUUCAUUGAGCUUUAUACUACAAAAGCACAUCAUCACUGGGGUUACAUUAAAUGUUAAAGAUUUUGUAACUGAUUAAUUUCGUCUGAUAUUUAGUUAAGUGCUUGCUAUUUGACAAUAUGUAAUUAACCAAUAAUUUUG